GCUCACAGUGUUAGGUCGUGUGUUGUAAACAUGGAUGUAUUGUAAGAAGUGACAGUAUGAUAGUGUGUAAGAUUAUAUUUGUGUCAUAAUUUAAAAAAAAGAUGGCGCUACGUGCCUGCGGGACGUUUUAGGCGGCUGUGUCAGACUACAACAACAUUACAGUAAGAGACAGAAAGAUGUUUGCAGCCACAGUGCAGAGACUGUCCAGCCGAGGACAGAGGACGCUCAGUCUGUUCUCCAGCUCAGGACCUUCAAACUGGAGCAAAGUGGUGUCUGACGCGGAGAAGAUAGUCGGCUAUCCAACCUCGUUCAUGAGCCUCCGCUGCCUGCUCAGCGACGAGCUCAGCAAUGUGGCCAUGCACGUCAGGAAGCUGGCCGGGACUCAGCACCCAUUACUCAACACUGCCAGAGGCUUUGUCUACGACAGCAAGAACAACCUUCAGAUGAGGGGACUGGUCGUCCUGCUCAUAUCGAAAGCCGCUGGGCCGAGCCACACAGCCUCAGAUCUCCUGGCUCAGGACAUGGUCAGCGGCAUCUACCCCAGCCAGCGGAAUCUGGCAGAAAUCACAGAGCUGAUCCACACGGCGUUCCUGGUGCAUCGCGGGAUCGUCGAUCUGAAAGAGUGGACGGUUUCAGAUGGCCCGCUGAAGGAUAUGCAGUUUGGGAAUAAGAUGGCUGUCCUCAGCGGGGAUUUCCUGCUAGCCAAUGCUUGUACCGGACUGGCCCAGUUGGAUAACACUAAGGUGGUUGAACUGAUCUCCAGUGCCAUUGGUGAUUUAGUUCAAGGAAUCUACUACGAGAAUUCCAAUAACACAGAGGAGAAUAUUCUCACCGAUGGCGUCGACAUGGCGACAUGGGAGGAGCAGACGUUCCUGUCUCACGGGGCGCUGCUGGCCAAGAGCUGUCAAGCUGCGAUGGAGCUCGCCAAACACGACAAGGAGUCCCAAAGACUGGCCUACAAGUACGGCAAACACCUCUCUCUGGGCCACAAGCUCAACUCUGACCUGCAGCCGUUUGUGAAGAGCAGCAUGGGAGAGCCGGUGGCGUUCAGUUUCAGCGCCGCCCCGGUGGUUUUCCACCGUCAGAUCAUCGGCCAGGAGAGGUGGCAUCAGCAGCUGGAGCAGGCCAGAACACAGAGAAACCAGCUCAGUUACUCAAAGCUUUUGGCAGCGGUUAAGUCGGAGAAAGGCGUGAGCUCAGCAGUGGACUUGUGCUGUUACCAUGGCAACAAGGCUCUGGAGGCCAUCCAGGCUUUCCCCUCCUCCGAGGCUCGAUCCGCCUUGGAGAACAUUGCCUCCGCCAUCACCAAAUUUUGACCUGGACUCACAUACACAUGUGCACACACACACUCUCACACACACACACCGGAGUGUCUUUGUGUGCAGAGGCAACAUGACGAGACCCACUGAACAGCUGACACUUGAGAGACAAAUGAACUUCUUAUGAGCCAGGUGCUGGCUCAUAUCUGGAGAAAUGGUUCAGCUCUGCUCUGGAUGGCAGUGUGCAUCAGAAAUGCAGUGGCAGUGUCCAUAUAUGGUCAUCAUUAAAUAAAAGAAAUAAAAAUACAUUA